CCCACCAAGAAGCUGGCCUCAAUCCGAUGAGGAAACGAGCACCGACCGAAUACUAUAUCAUUAUUGUCGUCCAGGCCGUUGUGAUUGGCAUCGCGUUGGUUGUUAUCUCUUUUCUAUUGCCUCGUUCUGGCAAUCAAGUUUAUACCCCCGCCCACAGCGCCAUUCGAUAUCACAACGUCGUUUAUGAUUCUGGGUUCCGCGAUGAAAUCACAAAAUAUCAAGGAAAGCCAUCGCCAGAGAUUGACCAGGCAUGGAAUGAUUUAUACCCAAUGACCUACUCCCGUAUAACCGGCCACGAAGCACAGAAAUUAAUAAACCAAACUAUUCCAAUUCCUAACGACCCAGAUGGAUAUCUGAUAUCGCUUGACAUUUUCCAUCAACUACACUGUCUGAACAUGAUCCGCAAAAAGGUCUGGGGCGUAGAACCGGCAACAGAAAUCGAAAAAGGGUCAAUGGAGAUGGACCAUCUCGACCACUGUAUUGAUAGCGUCCGACAGAGCCUCAUGUGUUCAGCCGAUGUGACUGCUCUCCCCUGGGCGGAACGAGAUGGAAAGGUGCAUCCUGUCGCGAGUACCAUCCACACCUGUAGAGACUUUGGAGCAAUUAUGGACUGGGCAGCGCAUCAUAAAGUGGAGAAUUUGACUCAAUUCCUGUAAUUCGCGUGUUGGGUUGGGAUGUGAAGUGAUCGGCGUUGUCUUACUACAUAGCUUUAAUAUGCAUGUCCAAUCGGAAACCAGAGCGUUGUUUGUUCUGCAUGCUUGGAAAUGGCGAAUGCUGACGGCCAAUGUAACCUUUGAAAUCGAUAGUACCUGCCGAGUGAGACCGCAAGGCUUGCCUGUAGCCCCCAAACUAGCUGUACCAAUCAUUUGCAUCCCAG